AUGGGAAAUGCAUGUCGUUGUCAAUAAUUCAGUCCUGAAAAUAUGGAACUCAUAUCAGGUAGAAAUGAGAACGUAAAUAAAAAAGGAGACACUAUCACAAUUCCUCACUAAAAUGGAACAACUGUAUCUAAAAAGACUACUCAUAAAUAAAAUGAUGAUGAUGGAGAUGAAGAUCAGCAAGUUUAAGAAGUAUAAUAAAUUGAAGUAGUUCAUUAUUAUUCAUAUUAGCUUAAACGUGGUGAUAAAAAGAAAUAAGCAAAGAUUAAUGCAGUGUCAGAUACAGUGGAAAUAUUUGAAAAUAUCAAAAAAUUAGAUAAAAGAAAAUCACCAUUCGAUUAUUAAUUAAUGUUAAAUGCUUUCAAUGAGCAUUUCAUCUUUAAAUCUGUACCUUAGAGUGACAUAGAAUAUGUAGUUGAUUAAAUGUUUUAUUGUACUGUUCCUGAUGGAUAAUUUGUAUUCAAAUAAGGAGAUAAAGCAAGUUCUUAUUUUUUAAUUGAAAGAGGAUAGUGUUAGAUUAUAAUUAAUGGUGAACUUAAAAAAACAUUAAAAAGUGGAGAUGCUUUUGGUGAAUUAGCUAUGCUUUAUAAUGCACCUAGAAGUGCUAGUGUCAGAGCUAUAGGAGGUAUAUAUCUUAAUGAAUAUGUAUUAGAUUGUGCAUUUUGGGCUAUAGAUAGAAAUACUUUUAGGAAGGUAGUAGAGUAAUAAAAUUAAAGAAGUUAUGAAGAAAAUAGAGAAUUUAUGAAGAAAGUUGAAUUUUUUUGUAAUUAUUAAUCAAUUUAUAUUAUAGCUUUUUUAACUGAAGAAUAAAGAGAUGCAAUUUCUAGUGUUUUAAUUACUUUGAUUUUUAAGAAAGGAGAAAUAAUAGUAUCUGAAGGUGAUGUUGCCAAUUCAUUUUAUAUUAUUAAAAAAGGAAAGGUUGCUAUUAUAAAAGGAGAUAAAGAAGUAUCUUAAAUGAAUGCUGGUGAAUCCUUUGGUGAAGCUGCAUUAUAUUAAAGUUGUUAAAGAGCUGCUACAGUAAAAGCAGCAGAAGAAGAAGUGAGAUGUCUAUCUUUAUCUAAAGAUGAUAUCUAAAGAAUAUUAGGUUAAAAAAUAUAGACUGUUAAGUAUAUUAAUACUUAAAAAUGGGCAUUAUAAUAGAGUCCUUUAUUGGGAAAGUUAACUUCAAUUUAGAUUGAAAAGAUUCUAUAAAACAUUAGAUAGGUACAUUAUGAGAAAAAUGAAAUUAUUAUAAAAUCAGGAUAGCCUUGCACUAAAGUUUAUAUAAUUUUAGAGGGAGAAAUAGCUACAGUAAAACUUUAUUUCGUAAUUAUAAGGUCUAUAGAUGCCCUCUAAACAAUAAGUAUUGGGUAAAGGAAAAAUCUUUGGAGAAUAAUUUUUGAAAUCUUAAAAUUAAGAUAAUAAACUUCCUGAGACAAUUUAAGUAUAAACAGAUGAAUCAAUUAUUGCAGAAUUUGAAAUAAAGAUGUUUUUUGAAAUGAUUGGAGGUAGUGUGGAAUAAAUGAUUUAGAAGAAUGAAAAUUCACAUGAAUAAAAGUAUUUAAAUAGAACAAGUGUAUAAUAUUAAAAAAAAGAUUAUUCAAAUUUAAAAUUAGAUAAUUUAAUAUGUAUAAAAAAAUUAGGUUAAGGAUAAUUUGGUAAUGUUUAUUUGGUGAGAACAGCAUAAGAAGAUAAAUUAUAUGCAUUAAAAUGUAUUAGUAAAUCUUAAAUUGUUGAAUAACAUUUAGAGAGACAUUUAGCUGUAAAAUAAUAUAAUAUAAUAAUAGUAAGAAAAAUAAGUUUUAUCAACAAUUAAUUUUCCAUUUUUGAUGCAAUUUUAUAAAAGUAUGAAGGAUUAAAAUUAUAUUUAUUUUUUGGUAGAAUUUAUUAAAGGGAUGGAAUUAUUUGAUGCUAUUAGAGAAAUAGGAUUGUUGACUACUAAUGAUUCUCAAUUUUAUAUAGGUUCCUUAUUAAUAUGUGUAGAAUAUUUGCAUAAAUUAUAAAUUAUUUAUAGAGAUAUUAAACCAGAGAAUAUUAUGGUUGAUGAAAAAGUAUUAUAUUUAUUAUAUAAAUAUUAGGGUUAUUUAAGAAUGAUAGAUAUGGGAACAGCAAAGUUUUUAAAUUAAAAAUCAAUUAGAACAUAUACUAUUAUUGGUACUCCUCAUUAUAUGGCUCCUGAAAUUAUUACAGGUAAAGGAUAUACAUUUACUGUUGAUCUAUGGUCAAUUGGAGUAUGUUUAUAUGAAUUUAUGUGUGGUGGAGUACCUUAUGCAGAAGAUGCUGAUGAUCCUUAUGAAAUUUAUGAAGAAAUUCAAAAAAAAUCAAUUACUUUUCCUCCUUUUAUGAAAGACAAGAAAGCAAAAAAAUUUAUUGAAUAAUUAUUAAUGAAAACACCAGAAGCUCGUUUGGGUGGAGGUUAUGCUUCUUUAAAGGCUAAUACUUGGUUUGAUAAAUUUGAUUGGGUAUUUUAUAUAAAUAUUAUGUUAGGAUAAAUUGAUGGAUAAAGAACUUAAAGCUCCUUUUUUACCAAAGAAAUCUAGAAUGAUUUAAGAAAAAGAUAUAUAAACAGCCCUCACACUUGGAAAAUUAGCAUCAAAAGAAAUUAAUUAAAUUGGUGUACCUUAUAAAAAAGAAAAGGCAAGAGAUCCAAAUUGGGAUUCAAAUUAUUGA